CUUGAUGAACAUCGUGCGCAACUGUGGCGCGAUGCGCGCGAUCUCGCUCUGUGUCUUAUCGAUGCGUGCCAACCUGUUACACGUGCACUUCUCACAAAGUGCUUCCAAAUUGAGUCGAAAGACGCUGAGGACAUUCUGUCAACCUUUGCAGUACAUGGUAAUAGGACUUGGAAGUUAAGGAUUUUGCCAGAUCCUGUUUUUCUUGAAAGUGAGAUUUGGGAUGCUGAUGAAUCCUGUGGCGAUUUUAGCCCAGAAAAUGCAGCGCUUGUGUUGGAGCAACGGCGUUUUUGGUUGGAAAGAUGGGCAGAACUUCGCAAGCGCAUCGACAUCACAUUAUCUACUGUGCCGACUAGAGCACGUAGAAAUAGUUCUAGAGGCAGCCCGACGAAGAGCCCAACCCAAACGCGGAAAAAUAAUCGUUGA